AUGCGAGUUUCAAUGCCUGUUGAGCCAACCGAAACUAGACAAUUUCAGACCAAUGCGACUGUGCCGGGCAGGAAUCAAUCAUUUCUUCCCGGCGGACAGAAAAUGGCGAUUCUCUGCCCGCGAGAUGAAGUUGCAGCUUUAUUUUCAAUCCUAUCAAUUGUUUGUUUAUUUUAUACCCUUAUAGUUGUCAUUCUCAUCGUUAACUGUACUGACAUAUUAAAUCGUGAAAAAUUAGGAUUAUCUUGGGACAAAAAAUUUUGUGGACCCGGAUUGACGAAGAUUUUCAUGGUUCCACCAUCUAUUCUUAAAAAUCUUGCCACAGAAAUAAGUCAAUCGUUUGAUGACAAAUCUGGUAUUUAUUACAGUCCUGGGUUAACAGAUGGUACGAAUAAAAUUAACCCAACUGGCAAAUUGCAAAGCCAGUUAAACUAUGCUCGAAAACAAUUAGUUGACUCAGGUUUAUUAGUUAUCUCUAGUCGCCGUAACUCAGUUUUGGAUAGUAGUACUGAUUCAACUUCAACCACAAGUCUACUAAAUUUACUGAAAAAGGACUCUGACGAUUUAGAAAAAAUUGAGAAAGCUUGGAUUGACACGUUCUCAGCUCGAAAACAGUUGGUAGCAGACAGUAUUGAUAAAUUAGUUGAAUUUAGUUUAUAUCCUUGUUUAUCAGGUGAAAAAGGAGCUGAUUUUGUAAAUGAUAAAGAUGCUGUUAUAAUUUCACUAUUACCUCUGGCUAUUAAAUCGUCUAUUUCCAGUACAGUCAAACGGAGGAAAGUAGAAAAUCAUUCAGUAGCUGAUGAAAAAACAACAGAAUUUAAAAAUUCUUACAUUCUCACUGUUGAGAAAUCUGAUGAGCUGGAAGCUAAAAUUAAAGCUCGGCGGCAGACAUUUAUUAUUAAUAAAGAAGCGUUUUAUCCAUUUAUGGUUUUUGUCGGACCUGUCGACUUUUAUGUCAUAAUUGAUAACGUAAAACUGAAGGUUAAUACCGCACUUGAAGCUUUAGACGUUACGUUUAAAAUAUUUCUUUUAACAUCUUGCACAUUGCCAAAAUUUAUAACUGAAAAAUACUUGAAAGUUUCUGCUGCUGAAGCAUUAUGUGUUAUUUGCAAUAUUGGUGUUCUGAUAGGUCAUUUCAUUCCGGUUGAUGAUCUACAUUGGAAAUUAUAUAUUUAUCUGAUAGACAUAAUAGAUAUUGUCACGUCGACAAUAAUCCACGAUGACUUAUGUGAUUACUUACAACGACAAAUAAGUGAAUAUUUGAGAUUGUUAACUUCUUUGUUUCCAAAUUGUAUGAAGCCCAAGCACCAUUUUCUACUUCAUUAUUCACGUGUCAUGAAGCUUAUGGGUCCACUUUGGAAUUUGAACACCAUGAGAGCCGAAAGUAAAAAUAAAGAAGCUAAAGUAGAUGCACGUACCGCAGUAAUCAGACGAAGUAUUUGUAAGACUAUAGCUAUAAAACAUCAACUACAUUUGAGUUAUAGAUUUGCAUUAAAUCAUCAGAACGUAUGUAAAUAUGACUGUGAAGUAAAUGAUGUUACACUCCUUAAAGGCUUGCCUCAAUAUCCAUGUUACUGUCAAUAUUUAUCUGAAAGUACUACAGAACAUGUAUAUGAAAUUAAAUUAUUAAAAUUCAAAGCACGUUCAAUUAAAAUAGAUUCAAUCUUAAUGAUUCCAACAAGCUCUGGACCAACUUUCUUUACAGUUUUCACUAUAUUUCAUGAUUUUACCGAUCAAUUAUUCAUCGUGACCAAAAAUUUUAGUAAUUACUGUAAUUACGAUGAACAUUAUCAGGCCUAUGAAAUUCACCCUUCUGCUUUUAAUGAUAGUCCAGAUUGGAAUAUUAUAGGAUCAGAUGAUUUAGAAUCAUGCUGUGUUAUACAUAUUACUAAAGCUGGAAAUAACAAAAAAUAUAUUUUAAAACGAUGGGUAUAA